AUGGAAAUUUACAAGACGCGAUCACAAAUCGGAGUGAAUGAAACAUGCGUCUAUAUCUGCUUAGAGCUGCCUGGUCAACGAUGUGAGAGCUGGUUUAGUCCGUGGACAAAAUCUAAUAAAAAACGAACCGAACGGAUAGGCGCGAAGACUAGGUUUAAGGGGGAUUCAAGUGGAAACUCGGUUGUUCCGACACCUUUCUCGUCUUCCCAUACUCCUCCCUUACCUUGUGAUUACAUUCAAACAGUUGGUUCAGAAAUCUACUUAAUCGGGGGACCCUACAGGGAGCCGUCUUCCUCUGUUCGGAUCCUUGAUUGUAAGAGUCACACUUGGCGUGAUGGCCCUAACAUGACCGUGGCAAGGGACAGUGCGUGUACAGCUUUAUUUGAUGAGAAAGUAUAUGUAAUGGGAGGUUGCGAUGUUGACGCCUGUUAUGCCAAUUUGAUUGAGGUAUUUGACAUAAAGACUCAGACUUGGACUGCCUUGCCGGGUCCUGGCUCUGAUGAGGAUGACAAGUUACUUUAUGACUAUCGUGCUCUAAUUAAUGUGUUUGAAGGAAAAAUUUACUUGGAGGCAGACGAAAAGGACUACACUUAUGAUCCGAAAGAUGGUACGUGGAAACUUGUAAGAGAUAAAUCGAGUUUCCUUUCCGACUCCGUUAUGUAUUGGUGUGAGGUGGAGAAUGUGUUAUACUGUUGCACUGACUUGGGGUACUUAAUGUGGUCGACCACUGAGAUUGAGGGUAGAGAGUGGAUAGAGAUCAAAGGCUUGGAUGAAUUGCGUGAGGAUUUGAAAUUUGGGAAGGAGUUUGAAAUAGUUAACUACGGUGGGAAGCUUUUAGUUAUGUGGCAUCUAUAUUCCGAUCUUUGCAUGAGAAACAAGAUAUGGUAUGCAAAGAUUUGUUUAGAAUCAAGAUGCAAUGGACGUGAGGUGUGGGGUAAGGUGGAGUGUGUCGAUAUGCUUACCUUUCCUGUUGAAACAUAUGAAAGCUUUUAUUGUUUAACUGCUUCGGUUUGA